CCCACCAUUCCUACCGUAUCAUUCUCCGAUCCGAUCUUCCACCAUGAAAGAUCGUUUGUUAUCAUCGGUACUUUUACUGGCACUACUAUUGUUAUCAUCCCCGUCAUUCUUAUUGGUGGCUGCCAAGCGAGUAUCGGGCGACUUUAAGUUAAGCGGUGUGAAUUCGGAAAAAGUGUUGGGAUCCUUUGCCGUCCUGCCCAGUCAUGGUGCUCGCUUUUCUCUGAACCUGACGGCGUCCAACUUUUACGAGAGCGAACGGAGUCUCUUUUUGCGUGUCUUUAACGACGUUGCCUGGGGUCGUCAUUUGACGGGUUUGACCUGUCAAGAAAAGAUUCGAUUUGCGAGCAACAAUUACAACAUUGCCUUUGACUAUAUCGAUGAAAAGUGGCAACUCAAAGAGCCACUCACCCACGUCAUCUUGAGUGAGGUACAACACCAAAAGUACGAUCCAAGCAAAAUGGCCGCUCAUCGACGCCGUGCCAAUAUUGGAGAUCCAGGGCACGACCAUACAGAUGUCGAUGAUGCCUUUGUCAAUGCCGACGAACGAGAUUUGAUUUCCAAGACACGGACAUUCACGGCCCAACGACCUCAAUACUGGUAUUGGAGCAUUGAUGACUGUAUGCUUGAGCAGUUCAUGCGAGACGAUUCCGUUCCCAUGAUACACUUUGAGUUGGAAAUUGUCAAUUCUCUUCAACUCAUCGAUUCCAUCCAGGCACCCCUCAAAGUGACACACUUGUCGGCCGACGAAAUGUCCCUGACUGCUCUCCAUACAUUCACGCUCAUUGUCAGUGGACUCAUUGCCGCCUUUCUCUUGAUGAAUGCCGGAUUGCAAACAGCCAGCAAGAGUACGUCGACGAUUCACGUGGCCGUCUUGUGGGUAGCACUGGCAGCGACAUUGGAUGCCAUGAGCAGUUUUUGUGAAAUUUGUCAUUUGAAAGCGUACGAACGCAACGGGAUUGGCAGCUACGUGUUGGAUGCCUUGGCGGCACAUUUGGAAGCCGUUUGCGAUUCCUUGCUCAUGUUAUUGAUUUUGAGUAUUGGAGCGGGAUGGACACUGCCCAGCGAUGCCGUCCGUUAUCAACCGAGCGAAAAUGCCGUCCAACGUGCCUUUACCGAUUUGGCAUCGCCCUUGCGAUCCAUGGUACAAUUUAAUCUCGUCGGUAUGGUCUGUGGCGGCACCAUUGCCUUUCAAGCAUUCCUGUGUCAAUGGGGACGCACGUACAAUGAUGAUUUUGAAUCCUACCAUGAUUUGGAACAUUUGCCGGGAAAAAUACUCAUGUUGCUACGGAUUUUCUUGGGUUUUGUCGCGUUGGCCGUCACGAUGCGAACAUCCCUGCAAGCCAAAGUAACGCAACUGCAGUCCUUUUAUCGACGAUUGGCCGUUUUGGGAUUUUUGUGGUUCCAAUCCCUGCCCUUUGUGACAUGGAUGUGCAAUCUACUGGUGCCCUAUUAUCUGCGCCAUCCGGCCGUAUUCCUGUGGAGUGCAUUGCUCCAAUCUUCGUCGAUUGUGGCACUGGCCUUUUUGGUGACAUCUCAUUCGAAUUCCUCGGCGUUUGCACAAUACAGUCACAUGACGAGCAGUGGCGGUGGUUCCACCAGUAGUGGUGGUGGGGGUGUCCCGUCAUUGGCCGAAAGCAUGGGCAUGGGGAGUAGUGGUGGUGGUGGUGGCAAGAGCACCUUUUCGUUUGGCAAGACCAAGAUUGCGAUUGAUUGAAGGAUUGAGUUUGAGAAAGAACAAGAAAAGCAUUUUUGGCCUAGAAUGGAGAAGGAGAAAACGCUGACGGCCGGCACCCCUUAGAAUAGAAAUCACUGUUGCUAGCUGGAAUUCAUCGACGGUACGGUAGCACACGCCCAGGUUCAGCAGAGAAGACUGAUACGAGAAUGAUUGAUUCGAUUUCAUGUCAUCAUGCCGGGCUUUUAAGUCGAGUUUAAGAGCCACCAAGCUUAAUCGAUCAAACCUUUGCGUCAUUCCUUCGCCACCAGUACUACCAUCCACAAAAGAUACAGAACUUUCUACAUACAAGUGAUUACUUUGUAACCAUAGUCCAAACUAGCCUGUUGUCGUGAUUCUAAAC